AUUGAUUGGUGGGUUAAAGUUGGAUAAUGGAUGCGAAUUGAGGUCAAUUGGGGGCAACCAUCCAUUAUUAUCAGAGUCUUUAGAGGCAAGCUGAAAGUAUUCCUACCAUGAAGUCGCAUGUCGCGGUGCUGUCCAGUCUUUGCUUGGGCAGUCUCAUUCCUCUCUUCGAAUUCUCUAAACGCCUUGUCCUCCACCAUGGCCUCCAGAUCAGCUUCCUCAUCACCACCACCACCACCGAUGACUCCUCGCCAUCAGCCGCGACCAGCCAACUCCUCCAGCCUUCAAACCUCCCUCCCGAUCUCCACCUCAUCCGCCUUCCUCCCGUUGAUGUCGAUAAAGUAACCAACAGUAAGAUGCAACUCUUAACCCGCAUCUGUACCAUCACAGAAGAGAGCCUCCUGUCCUUAAAAUCGGUCUUGAUGGAUAUAGGCAUCCCGAAAGCUCUUAUAGUGGAUCCUGUCACCACACAGGCUUUCGAUGUUUGCAGUGAACUCUCAAUUCCCGCGUACUUAUUCAAUACUAGCCCUUUUUCUUUCUUUGCCUUCUCCCUGUAUUUUGUGGACCUUGAUCCUACAGUUGAGGGUGAUUUGGCUGAUCUUCCUGAACCGAUUCAGAUCCCCGGUUGCAGUCCUGUACGAAUAGAAGACCUGCUAGAUGAAGUGCGUAUCAGGUAAUUAAAAAGGACUCAAGUAGAAAGAUCAUGUAGAGACGCAUGCUUGUUUAUUUCAUUUUCCUUUUCAUUCUUUCUUCUGGCACAGUUAAAUAAUGUUGGUCCAUCUCAAAAUCCGAAUCAAAAUUCCAAUUUUGUAACUUUGAUGACUGUCUAAUUAACCUGAUCACAACUACCUAUUUCAUUAAUCAAGUUACUGCUAGCUU